AUGGAAGGAGAUGCACUGCUGCAAUUAAUCCCUACUUCAAUCAAACCUGAAAUGAACCUUGAACUAGUGGCACCAGUUGAGGAGAAGGAGGUCAAAGAGGCAAUGUUUAGUAUAGAUCCAGGAAAGGCACCAGAGCAAGAUGGGUCUCGUUUGUUAGAGUUGCUCGGAUUCGUGUUUGACGAGCCGAGCUCUCAGCCUACUCGUGUUUUCAUGAUAUUUGUUGCUUCCAACCAGAAGCCCGAGGGGCAUUCGGUGUACAAGCCCGAGGGGUAUAGACGUAGAGCCCGAGAGGCAUUCGAUGAGGUUGAAAAAUGUCUGAAUUCUUGUGUGAGUGAGAACCAACCUGUCUUCAUCCCUGGAAGGCGGCUGCUUGAUAAUGUCAUUGUGGCUCAAGAGAGGAUCCUGCUUAGGAUGGGUUUUCAUAGUACCUUUGUUAAGUGGAUAGUUACUUGUAUUUCUUCUGUAGCAUAUUUUCAAUCUGAAUGGUCUGAGGUGGAUAGGGGUCAUUUCAAAGGGAUUAAGCUAGCUAGAGGAGGUCCCCUACUCACUCAUCUACUUUUUACAGAUGAUUCCUUAGUGUUUUAUGAGGCAGAGUGUAAUCAAGCUCAACUAUUUAUCUCUAUGCUCUCUGCCUAUCUAAAUGUUACUGGAAAGAAGGUUCUAAGUAAGGCUGUGACUGAUGCUCUUUCUGUUUUUUCCAUGUUAUGUUUUUGUCUACCUAAGGGUGUUUGCAAGGAACUAGCCAGGAUGUGUGCUGAGUUCUGGUGGAGUAAGGGUGACAAACAUAUCAAAGGGCUUCAUUGGAAAGCAUGGAAGAUCAUCAUUUUGUCUAAAGAAUAG